AGAUCUCACGUGACCAAGAGCUGACGUGUGCAGAAGUCCUUCUUGUUCUGGUCCUUGUUCCCGUCUGAGUACCAGCUCCCCGUUGCCUUGAGGGCCAGCGGGCCUGCGGCAGAGGGAAGGAGGAGGAGAAGAAGGAAAUUGUCCCGGAUUCUUGCAGGGGGUCCGAGUCUCUCCUGGGUUGCCAGUCUUUCCGUAGGUUGCGGCACUACGCCAGGCAAGAGAAGAGGAGGGAAAUUAACCCCAAUCGGUGAAGGUCGAUUUGAGGGUCUGCUGUAGCAGGUGGCACUACUUGAAGAGAGAGAGGAAGUUUCCUCGGAUCAGUAGAGAUUGCAAGGGUUGUUGGGCGUGGCACACCUCCAGGGGAGGGAAGAAGGGACAAACUGCCUGUCUGGAGGAGGUCCACCUCCAGUAUCAGCUGCUGUGGCCUUGAAGUGGCUGAAGAGGAUCACCUUCCACAGGCCUGCCCCCAGGCCCAUAGCCCUCCUCUCCCAGCCUGAGUGAAUACUCUGUUCCUUGGUCCCUGCUAUUGUCAGGGACGAUUGCAUGGGCUACGCCAGGAAAGUAGGCUGGGUGACUGCGGGACUGGUGAUCGGGGCUGGAGCCUGCUACUGCAUUUAUAGACUGACCCGGGGAAGAAAACAGAACAAGGAGAAGAUGGCUGAGGGUGGGUCUGGGGAUGUGGAUGACGUCGGGGACUGCCCUGGGGCCCGGUACAAUGACUGGUCUGAUGACGAUGAUGACAACAGUGAGAACAAGGGUAUAGUGUGGUACCCACCUUGGGCCCGGAUUGGGACUGAGGCUGGGACCAGAGCAAGGGCCAGAGCAAGGGCCAGGGCUACCCGGGCUCGCCGGGCUGUUCAGAAACGGGCUUCCCCCAAUUCAGAUGAUACUAUUUUGUCCCCUCAAGAGCUGCAGAAAGUUCUUUGCUUGGUUGAGAUGUCUGAAAAGCCUUAUAUUCUUGAAGCAGCUUUAAUUGCUCUGGGUAACAAUGCUGCUUAUGCAUUUAACAGAGAUAUUAUUCGUGAUCUGGGUGGUCUCCCAAUUGUAGCAAAGAUUCUCAAUACUCGGGAUCCCAUAGUUAAGGAAAAGGCUUUAAUUGUCCUGAAUAACUUGAGUGUGAAUGCUGAAAAUCAGCGCAGGCUUAAGAUAUACAUGAAUCAAGUGUGUGAUGACACAAUCACUUCUCGCUUGAACUCAUCGGUGCAGCUGGCUGGACUAAGAUUGCUUACAAAUAUGACUGUUACUAAUGAGUAUCAGCACAUGCUUGCUAAUUCCGUUUCAGACUUUUUUCGUUUAUUCUCAGCGGGCAACGAAGAAACCAAAUUCCAGGUUUUGAAACUCCUUUUGAAUUUGGCUGAAAAUCCAGCCAUGGUUAGAGAACUGCUCAGGGCCCAAGUACCAUCUUCGCUGGGUUCCCUCUUUAAUAAGAAGGAGAACAAAGAGGUUAUUCUUAAACUUCUGGUGAUAUUUGAGAACAUAAAUGACAAUUUUAAAUGGGAAGAAAAUGAACCUACUCAGAAUCAAUUCAGUGAAGGUUCACUGUUUUUCUUUUUAAAAGAAUUUCAAGUGUGUGCUGACAAGAUCCUGGGGAUAGAAAGUCACCAUGAUUUUUUGGUGAAAGUCAAGGUUGGGAAAUUCAUGGCCAAACUGGCUGAGCGUAUGUUCCCAAAGAGCCAGGAAUAAUUUCUUGAUUUUGUAGUUUAGAAGCAACACACAUUGUAAACUAUUCCUUUUUCUCCACCUUGUUUAUAUGGUAAAGGAACCCUUUCAGCUGCCAAUUUUGAGUGAUGAAUAUCAUUGUAUCAUCAUCAACGCUGAUGUUUAUCUGAGUUGGUUUUCAGGUCUAAGCUGGAUGAAUGAAUAUCACUACCUGUUCUGAAAACAUGUUUGUUGCUUUUUAUCUCACUGCCUAGAUUGAAAUAUUUUUACUAUUUCUUUUGGGUGACAGUGAACCAGUUGGUCAUAAGUAAGCUCCCUCCUGUCAUUUGCAUUAACUUUGUGUAUCAUCAAUAAAGUUGUGUGUUAAUGCUGAAAAACAAAAGAAAGUAAAAGAAAGAGACCAUCCUUGUCCUUUGGUUUAUAAUCUAGUUGGAGAGAUAAGAAAUAUACAAACAAAAAGAUAACAAUAUCUGGAGCAUAUACUCAUUGUCAAAUGUGUGCUCCCGGAGGACAGCAUAGGAUUCUGUGGGAUAUAUAGUCAGCUACAGAUUCCUGGAGGAAGCCACCAUCUAAUGAGUCCUGAAUGGGGUAGUUAGGUAGGCUUUCCAAGAGUGGGAGUGAGCCGGCGCUAGGCUGAGAAAGGCAUGGAGGUAGGAACGCUCUUCCUAUGACAGUGAGGAGACUGGUCUACUUAGAGUGGAGAGUGUGGGGAAUGGAAGUAAAUAAAUUUGGAAAGCUGAGUGAAGGCAGUUUGUGGAGAGCUGUUUGAAUAUUACCCCACUAAACACCAAGAGCCAUUAAAUAUUUUUAACUAGAAAGAAUAAUUGGAAUUCAGAUAGGUCUCUCUCUCACCAGUCUAUGGGGCUGUGGAGAGAUGGAUCCUACCAAACCCUGGUGGAGGAAUGGGUUUACACUGAGUUUGUAUAGGUUUGUGGAGGGCCAUUUGGUAAUACAUGUAAGCCUUAAAGUAUGUAAAACCUUUGUCCUAAGGAAAUAAUUGAAUAAUUGGCUAAAGACUGUAUGUACAAGGCUAUUUAUUCCAGCACUGUCCCAAAUAGUAAGAAUUGGAAGCAACCUGAGUGUCUGGCACACCUGAUUGGUUCAGUAAAUUAAGGAAUGUUCACACGGUAUAUAUGAUAAUUAUGUUGAUUCAAAUCCAUAUUGCCAGGAAAAGAUAUUCAUUCUGCAUUGUUAAAUGAGAAAGGUAGGUUAGAUAGCAGUGUUCUAGAAUGAUUCCAUUUGUUUUUUGAAGGUAGUAAAACAUAUUUUAAAGUAGACACUAACCACUAUGGAAUCAUAGUUAUCCAAACAGUAACUGGUAUAUUUGAGUGGAAGGAUAAUGAGUGAUCUUUACCUUUUUACUUUGUAUUCAUCUAUAUGUUCUUAUUUAUAUAAAAUGAAUAUUGGUUUUCUGGAAAUUUUUGAAAAAGGAAGUGUUGGGAAUGAGGCAGAUGGGUGGAGCAUGUACUGAGUAGAAAAUUUAGAUUAAAAAUGAGACAGGCUGAAGUUCCGUCUUUGAAAUGCUAGAUGAGUGAUGAAGAUGGGGCUUGUCAUGAAGGUAAAAUUAAAUAAUACAUGCAAAACAGAAUGUUCUAGCGCAGAGCAGUUAAUUAAAAAAAAUGAGCACCCUUAAUUCCCUAGAAUGCAGGGUUGACAGCUUUUUUUUUUUUUUGGUUGACCUUUGUUUUGCUGGGGGCAUUGUGCCAUGUGUCAGUGUCAUUUAAUAAAUAAUAACACCAAUAAAGUUUAGCAUCUAUUAAGUGACUAGUGUGUAGAG